AGCAUUUCUGCAGUUGGAAGCAGAGAGCAAUCCAGGAGAAUUCAAGAGGUAUUUGCUGCUGAGGGAGAACCCAGCUGCAAAGACAUAACAGGUUGGUUUGGAUUCUAGAUCCUCCAGCCUCCACUAGAAAUGGCUCACAGGAAGAAAACUGUGGCUUCCAAAGCUGGGCACUCCAGGAAAAAUCCCACGGAGACGCCAGUCGUCACAGGGCCCAAUAUGGACUCCUUGGGUUUCUUGGCUAUGGACAGCAAUGUCCCAGGUCUGUCCCAGGUCAUCCUUCAAAAACUCAACAUGAAGAGCUACGAUGACUACAGGUCUGCAAUGGAAGGCAAAAACCUGUGCACGGAUUUUGGCAUCCGAUCCUAUUUUGAGAUGUUCCAGAAAAUGGAAGACACUUUCAAGUUCUGCGUCGAGUGCAAGAAACUUCCAGAAUCGAUGCCUGAUCCAAAAAGCCUGCGGCGCUGCAAAAGGUGCCAGAAUGUCUACUACUGUGGCUCAGAGUGUCAGCGGGCCAACUGGCCCACCCACAAAAAGUUCUGCAAGAAGAUGAAGCUGACGGCCCUUGACCGGCUUGUGGAAUGGCUUGUAUUUACAGGUGACAUUCCUUUCCCCACGAGCCUCUGGACAAAACGCAUCCCAGAUGUGAGAGGCUGGGAAGACUAUUUCGCCAUGCAGGAGGGUUUAGAUGAGAAGCUGGGCGCGAUCAUGACCGGGCACUACAUGAACACCCUCUGGGCCAACGCCGGGAAGCCAAAGCCUGACGAGGCGGACCUCCUGGAGUCUGUCAAGCGGGUGAUGACGGACUUUGUCUCCAGGCCAGCCACCAUCAGCCUGGGCCUGUAUGCCUUUAGGCUCGACCCUUACGCCAAGCCUCUCACAGUGCACGUGGUCGGGGCUUCCAAUGUGGAGACCCUCAAUGCUCGUGUGACGGAUUACGAUGAGCUCUCCCGCGUGUUUCCAAAGCACCAAGGCAUUGAAGUGGUGAUGGUGGGUGUUGACGUGGUAGACGGGCCCAUCAUGAGACCACCGUUGGUGGCUUUUGGCCCCCGGGAAAGAGUCUACCUCAGCAGCUACAAGGGCCUCUAUCACGACUUCUGGGAAUCACAAGUGGAAACACGGCAGGCUUCCCGGCCUGAUGUCGUGGUGGGCUUCCAUCCAGGGUUCCAUGCCUGCCAAGACCUAAUGGAGAGUUGGCUUCCCACUUUGCUGCUUCUUCGGGAUUACCAGAUCCCCUCGCUCUUCACUCUCUACAGCGAACAGGAAAUGAAGAGUUCUCUCAAGAUUUUGAUGGAGCUGGAGACCCAGAUCACGGGCUGUGGGGCCAACCCCUUCACCUCUCUCAAACCUGAGCAGGCCCACUCAAACCCUAACAAGCCUCCUGUCUAUUGCAACUCCCACUACAUUAUGUUCCACGGGCUGUCUGGUCCUCCGGAAGAACCGGACAUUGGAGAGCUGGAUGGGGACGAACAGGUUAGAGAUGGGGCAGCAUAAGCAAAGCAACCUCCUAACUCCAAGGAGCUUUGUUUCCACCACCCCUACGUUCAUUAAUUGUCAUGCAAUGGGCAGAGAUGCCAGCCGUGAAGUGGCUGUUUUUGUGCUUGCUCAAUUUUCAAAGCUGGCCCUUCGUUUGCAACAUAAGAGACGGGCCCAGCGUUAGCAACUGGGUAAGGGGCAUAAUUCAGGGGGAGAGUCUGUUUUGCACGCGGGUAGUUGCAGGUUCUGUCCCUGGCAUCUCCAGGUGGACUAGGGAAGAUCCUUCCUUAAAACCCUGGGCUGGCUAUGGAAGGUAGUUGUCUAGUGUAAAGUGGAUUGUCAACCCACCUUAGAGUGUAUGGACCCCUGGUCUAAAGAUAAUAUAGUAUGUUUUGUAUACACACUGAACAAUAUAUUCACAUGCAUUAGGUGGUAAAUGUGAAUUGUGAAUAGAGACAUCACCACUGGCCACUGCUAGCUAGUAUAUGUAUUUUUUGAAACCAUUUGUUUCAUGAUCAGUGCACAUAAAAGAUUUGAAUUAAAAUUUAGAA